UUGUCCUUAAUCCUGGAUGCUAGCCUGAGUUCCAUCUUUGCCUUGGCCUUCCCAGUAGCCCUCCUACACUCCCGGGCCGAGGAGGAGUACUCCUCCUUGGUGAUAGUUCCUCCCUUCCACUGGUUGUACGCCUCCCUUUUAGUCCUCAGGCAUUGCUGAAUGCCCUUGCUGAGCCAAGGGGGUCUUUGAGCACUCUUACUCCCCUUGCUUCUCUCAGGGACUGUUAUCCUUUGGGUCUGGAAGAUCGCCCCCUUAAGAUACGACCAUCCCUUGUGGGCUCCCAUCACCUCUACCUUUUGGGCCCUCAGUGCCUCCCCCACUAGUCUCCUAAGCUCACUGAAGUUGGCUCUUCUGAAGUCAAGGGCUUUAGCCUUGGUGUGAGCCCUAGAAGCCCUGUGUUGAAUAGUGAAAUCCAGCAGGUGAUGAUCGCUAUUGCCCAGGUGGUCAAGGACCUGCAGUCCCCUCAACAGGUCAUCCCCCGUGGCCAGGACCAGGUCCAGCAAGGCGUUACCCCUAGUGGGGCUGUGCACUUCCUGGAUAAGGUGAAGGUCCUGUAAUACAGCCAGGAACCUACGCAAGCAGUCAGACCUGGCUGUCUGCUCCUCCCAGCAAAUGUCUGGGUAGUUUAGGUCACCCAUGACAAUAACAUCCCUUGACCUAACCGUCUCUGUAAGCUGACUGGAGAAGUCCUGGUCUAGCUCUUCCCCCUGGUUGGGUGGUCUGUAGUAGACACCCACUGUAAGGUCCCUUUCGCCAUGCCCCCCUUGUAGUUUGACCCAUAGUGUCUCUGCCCAACCCUCCUCCAACCCGAAGUACAUUUCUCUACUUAUACAGUUGCCCUAGUGUGGCAAAAAUGUCUCAUCUCACUACACAAAAGGCUUCACAGCUGAGAACUGUAAUCUCACUACACAAAAGGCUUCACAGCUGAGAACUGCAAAUUGUUUCUUCUCCUCUCUCCCCCACCACUGCGGGGCCAGGAGGGGGGGUCCUGUUAGGGGGAGAGAACAGUCCGAACAAUGCUUGGUUCAUGAUAAGGCUGAUUCCUGUGGGAACACAGAUUAGUUACUGCCUGCUUUGCACAUAAACUUUGCAGAAAACUGUAGCAAAUCACAGAUUGCCACAAUGGGAUCUUGUUCAUGAGAGGUAUAAAAAUGUAUCUUCGGGCGUGGCUAGGGGUCGACACGGCUUUGAGCAUUGAACUCCCUUGUCAAUCUGUUUGCAAACAAAUAAACUCGAGAUGGAUCCAGCCUGAGUGUGUAUGACUCUCUCCUUGAGGUAUAUUGGAAAAGCCUCCAGGGGCAUGAAACUAGCCGUUUGUGCAACAAUUUGGUGAGCCAGGCAGGAGUUUUCCUUGGACUACCUCGGGGUUGAACGAGAAGACCGGAAAAGGGGUCUGUGAAGUGCACACCAGACCGCUUUUGGAGUCUGUCACGGGCACUGGAACCGUGAGUCGGGACACUCGGGAAGUUAAAGGCUCUCCCUUAAAUGAGUCAACCAGGCUAAGUGGAUCUGAAGAGACGGCGCCAGGGUGUUGACGGAGUAAGUAUUCAUUUGCCUUGUGUCAUUUGAGAAGUCUUUUGGGGACUUUGUUGAGUGGUCUCUCGGGGAAUUUGGAAUUUUGGAACGUUCAGUAUAUAAGUCUGAACAUUAGCCCCGGGGACUUUGUUCAUUUAGAAACAUGAGCCGCUGACCAGGUCUGGGACUAAGGCUGAGUCUAGCCACCCUGAUUCUGCCUGACAAAGUAGUGUCAAACGCAAGGGGGCUCAGUUGGAACCUUGUGACCCAGUGGACAGGUUUAGAAACAUGAGCCACUGACCAGGUCUGGGACUAAGCCUGAGUCUAGCCGCCCCGAUUCUGCCUGACAAGGUAGUGUCAAACGCAAGGGGGCUCAGCUGGAACCUCGUGACCCAGUGGACAGGUGUUUGAGUGAUUUUGUGUAUUGGUUGACACAAUGGGUUUGGGUAGCUCCCGAGAAGAAAACUCCGCAACCCCAUUAGGAUUCAUGCUAAGAAACUUUAGUAAGUUCAAAGGGGAUUACGGGGUAAAAAUGUCAAAAGAUAGACUAAUUACUUUCUGUCAGGAGGAGUGGCCAUCAUUUGGAGUGGGGUGGCCGGAUGUCGGUUCUUUUGAUGUGAAAUUGGCUAAUGAAGUGUUAAGUGUGAUAACAAAGGAUGGUCAUUGGGAUCAGUAUCCGUAUGUAGAUUGCUGGGUGAGUGCUGUGAUGAAUCCCAGUCCCCCAUGGGUACAGAAGUGUAAAGGAAAAAUGUGUAAGAUGUUAUUGGCAAAAGACGCUGGGAGAAAGCCCCGAGUCCUCUCUGAUUCUGGUAGUGAAGUAGAUCUAACUCAAGGGUUAAGGCGCAGGGAUGAGGCUAGACCACCACCGGACCCAAGGCGCAGAGUAGAGCCUAGGACACAGCCGGGCAUAAACCAAAUGGAUCAGGAAGAGAUAGCCAGCACUAGCUACUCUAAGACAGGCACAGACCAAAUGGAUCAGGAAAAAACAGCCGGCACAAGCCGCUCUAAAACACCUCCCCCAUAUGAGGGAAAGAAUGUGACAGAACCUAACUCUUUAUCCCCAACUGCCCCCGAUCCUCCCCAGACCCAUUGGAGUGCUCUCCAGUCUGACCAGCCCCCCCUUCAAGAACCAAGAUCAACUCGAAAUCAGAAUCCAAACUACCAGUGUCCACUGCGGGAGAUAAUGACAGGUGGAGGGGACACUGCCUUUGUUUACGUCCCCUUUAACACUUCAGAUUUAUUCAGUUGGAAAAAUCAGAAUCCCUCAUUCAAAGAGGAUCCAGAGAAGAUGCAAAAUUUGUUCCGGUUGGUUGGACAGACUUAUCGCCCCACCUGGGCUGAUAUUCAAAUGAUGUUACACACCCUUCUAACCUCUGAAAAGAGGCGUUUAGUACAGGGAACGGCAAACCGGAUAGCUGAGGAGCGUUUGUCGGCGGGAGAGGGAGGAAAUAUGCGGGACAUAUGCCCAAUUGAGAGUCCCGAUUGGGAUAAUUCAGCGGUUGGAAGACAGCGUAACAACACUUAUUCAGGAAUUAUAGUGGAAGCCCUGGGUGAGGCAGUGCCAUGGGUGACCAAUCUUUCCAAAUUGUAUGAAGUCCGUCAGGGAAAGGAUGAAUCUCCCUCGGUUUUCCUGGAGCGCUUGUUUGAUGCCUUUAAGAAGUUUAGUGAUUUAAGCCCUGAAGCCAUAGAAAAUCAGCGCAUGGUGAAUCUGAUGUUUAUUGGGCAGGCGGCCCCAGAUAUAAAAAAAAAAAAGCUGCAAAAGACUGAGGGGGCAGCGGGUAAACCGCUUUCAGAACUUGUAGAGAUUGCGUAUAAAGUUUAUGGGAAUCGUGAUCAGGUGGCAGAGAGGAGAGAGGAAAAGCAUGGACAAAAACAGAUGACAAUGUUAGCAGCUGCCUUGGGCAAAAGCACAAAUAUCGGUGGGAGAUGGAAGGAGAAACCUGCGGGGGGGCAGAAGAAAGGAACAGGCCGAUUUAAGCCCGAUGAAUGUGCAUAUUGCCGAGAGAAAGGUCACUGGAGGAGGGAUUGCCCUAAGAUGAAAGUCAAACAGAAGAAAAGUCAGUGGGGGGGCCGCCAGAUGCGGGCGGAUUCCUCGGGGGAAGAUUCAAGCUGAAGGAGACCGAGAUCUGAAACCACCACCCUGCGGGCCAGUGCCCGGAAAGAUCCCAUGGCCUUACCUUCAAGCACACCACUGCUUUGAACCCAGCCACCCUGAUGCCAGAACCGGGACCCC